UGUAGAUGCUGCCUUUUACCUUUUGGCUUUUGGUGACCUGGACCAGGACAACAUCAAGGAUUUUCGUUCCAAUUCCGACUCGUUAUCAACAUCAUCAUCCAGAAUUCUUUCUUAUCACAGUCACCCCACCCCUGUCGAUCUUCUGAAAAUACCCAAUUCAUUCAUUCAUUCGAUCAAAAUUCAAAAUGCUUCCACAUACCCAAUCUAUGACUUCACCUCUCCCAUCUAUCUUCUCCCCAAAACUUCCAAUUUCUCAUUCCAAACCCAUCUUUAACUACAAACCUCGCUUCGAUCCUCCCAAGUCCUUACUUCUCCAGCCUUUGAGAUGUUCGGUUUCUCUGGCGCCCGAACAAACCCAUUUACAAUCAAAUGCCACCACCAAGAGUAAUAAACCCUCCCCAGCUGAAAUUUCAAGAACAAUCAUGGAGUUAUCCUCUGUUGGCACCUUUUCAACUACGGCCCAAGACAAUUGGCCUCUUGCUGUUGGUGUUCGCUUCGCCGUUGACCCAGAAGGCACACCAAUUGUUUGCUUAAGUGCUUCUCAUCACCAUUUCGCUAACGACAAAAGGUCCUCCCUUAAUGUUCAGUUAGAGCAAUCUGGUCUGCGAACAACACAGUGCACCAUCCAAGGUAGCCUUCACAGACCUGACGAUGAAAUUCUCUUGAAGAAGAUUAAGUCACUAUGGGCAAAGAGAUUUGGAGAAAAAGCGGACAAUGAGUUCAUCCAUAUUCUUGAUGUGCAACGUGUACUGCAAAUGGACAACUUCAUGGAGGAUGGUGUAUGGGUUUCUUCUUCAGAUUAUGGACUUGCAAAUGCUGAUCCACUUAAAGAUUCUGCUGAGCGUCUAGUUCAUGAGAUAAACACAAAUAACAUGGAAGAUGUUCUCCGGUUUUGCAAUGUCUUUGUGGAUUCAGAUGUACAGGUGUCAGAAGCAAAGAUGGUGUGGGUUGAUCGAUUAGGGUUUGACAUACAUCUGUAUUCUCCCCAAAAUGAUGUCUUUGAGAUCCGGAUUCCUUUCCCUAGAGAAGUUACAGAUGAGAAAGGGGCAAAAUCGUCUUUUAAUGGUAUGUCCCAGACAGCAUGGGAAGUAGAAAAAAACUACCAUACCCUAGAAUUUGAGAAAGUAAAACAAUUGAAGAAAAUAGCCUCCAAGGUACAAUGAUUACAAGUUUCCUGAUUUUGAGCAUACCAUUUUGUAAGAUGAGUUAUAUUUUGAUUAAUCAAUAAGGAAAAUACAGUCUGUUUUAUAUACAUAUACACAAAUAGCAAAUAUGUACAUGAUUAUGUUAGGAAAGAAGCCAUGGAAGAUCAAGCUGCAACAUUUGCUGGUGAGAAAUGACCUGUAACAACAUUCUUGAUCUUCCCCAUCAAGCUUGUACACUUGGCACUAGAACCAUACUUAUCCAACUUUGACCUAAACAUGGAAGUCAACAUAUUCUCUAUUUUCUCAUCACUAUAUUUUAAAUACUUAUUACUAUUAGGACUAUGAGUAGCUCCACUUUCCACUAAGGUCUUGUAAACAGGGACUACAACUUCCAUAAUCAUCUGGCAAGUUUUCCAUCUCAAAUCUCUAUCACACAACACCCAUUCAGAUUGUUUUCUAAACACUUGAUCAAAUACAUCAUUGAAUCCUUUCAUUUUGUUUCUGUCAUUGUUGCUUAAUAAAGCUGGAAUUCUCCCCCAACUUUCUUUCAAAUAAAGUGAUGUGUAGUAUUCUAUAUGAACUUCAUGUCGUUUUAUCCAAGAUUCCCCCAUUAGAUCCCCAAGCUUUGUACCCUUUAGAUGUUUGCUCAAGUAGCAACUGGUGUUCAUCAAGAAAAUAUAAGAUAAAGAAGCAUCUUCAUAUCUUUUUGCCCAUGUGUCCAAGUUAAGUUCUAGUGAUUUCACUAUGUUUUUAAUUUCAACUGAAACAAUUCCCUUUGUGAACUUACUUUCAUUAUGCCAACUGGAGUGGAUCUUUAGAACUUGUUCAAGUUCAUGUUUGUAUUCAUCAUCUAACAACUCGUUAGCAUAUUCUGUUACAAAGAUAACCAAUUUUGGAAUUGUCCCAUCUGGUGGAGGGUCGUUUAGUCUUUGUAGCUCAACUUGUGCUUUAAGGUCUUGAAAAAUUUCACAUGCCCCAUUGACCACAUUCUUGAGUAAUCCCCUAGUUUGACUUUGAAUUUCUGAACAUGGUUUUCCUUUUCCACCAAAAAUUCUGUUGAAAUCUUGUCUGAGAUUGUUGAGAGUGGUAAAGAUGUCUAGGAGCUUGAAAAGUUUGAUUGCUUCUUUCUUACACUUUGUAAUUGUGUUCCCGAAUUUGAUAAAACUCUGUAUUCCCGAUUGGAGGGCGAUUUUGGAAAAGCAAUAUUUCCACACGUUGACUUCAAUGCUCUUACUAAACACGUGUUCACAGAGUGUGUACUCAAGUUCAAGAAGAUGCUUAACUACAAACUCCAAAUGUCUCCCCCAUUCGUCUAUAUAACCUUCUACUUCUUGCACGCUAUGAAAUUCUGUUAAUGUAAUCUCCAAAUAAUCCAAAUCAAGACCUUCUAAACUUCUAUGGACAAUUGUGCCCCUGAUCUUUAUAUAAACAUGAAUGCAUUGGUCCACAAGAUUGUUGCAUGAAAAGCAUGCAACGAUAUCUUGUAGGUUUUUGACAAUGGGGAAAGGUAAAGCUUCUGGUAUUGGAUCAAAUACAUCACUUUCAUCAUCACCAGAUGAGAAAAGAGACAAAGGAACUUGAAGAGGGAAACUGUUUUCGAUUAAAAGAGUUGUGAAUUCAUGUUUUAAAUUCUCAAAAGCAACAUUUAGAAUUCCAUGUUUGAGAAGAGAACGUUCUUCAAACCUUUGCAACUCUUUAAGUAUAUGGAGAGUUUUAGAGACAUUGGAGUGGUAGAGGUUGUCAACAAUGGUUGUGUUGAUGUCUUCCACCCAUAGGAUGGCUAAGUUGCAUGUGUUGGUGAGAAGAGUGAGUGCUUGGCUGAAUCUUUUGAGGAGAGAGAGGUGGUGGUGGAGGUCGGGAGAUGGGUGGUGGUCUGAGAGUAAACCCCCGAGCUCCUCCACCACUUGGUAGACCUGGAAGACGGCGGAAACGGGUGGAAGUGCACGGUGGAGGUGGUGGUGGAGGGUGGAGAGAGAGGGGAUGUUUGUGAUGUGGGAUUUGGAAGAAUUGAUACGGGAGAGAUUGGUGGUGGUUUGGUGGAUUUGGAGGUCUAGUUGGGUGGAUUGGUGUAAGGUGGUUUUGAGAAGAUCUCUAGUGCGAAUGAGAUGUUCCAUUUUAGGGAGAGUUGUGAUGAUGAAG